CUAGUCUAAUUACGUUUAUCUAUAUAAAAAAGAAACAAAAAAAAAAACUUCGUUUUGAACAACAAAUCCUCAAUUCUAUCUAGUAUCUUGGCAUUCACUGUGUUUAGUGAAGUUAUCAGUAUAAGUGGAGAAGUAUUUAGGUUGAUAAAUGAUGAGAUGUCGAGUGAUCAUUGUUUUUAUUACUUGUUAUCAACAAAUGUCUUAAGGAUCUGUUUAGAAUUUAAAGGUGGAUGCAGAACCCUUGUUUUCGCUUUAUGUGCUAUAGGUUGAUUGUGAAGUUGGAUCCUAUUAUGCAUCAGGAUACAAAUGUCAUGGUUUAAUUGGUGGUCAUCUACAUGGAUUACUGCCAAGAGCAUAUGCAACUGCUUUUGCUAAGUUGUCAGAAGACCCGCGGCAUGCUAAUUCUGUAUCUGAUAUGUUAAUUGAUUCUUUUGGAAGGAUGCACACUUACUUGAGGAUCUCCUUGACUGAACGUUGCAAUUUAAGGUGUCAGUACUGUAUGCCAGCUGAGGGUGUGGAGCUUACUCCUAACCCUAAAUUACUGUCACAGAACGAGAUUGUUCAUUUGGCAAAUCUCUUUGUCAGUUCAGGAGUGGAUAAAAUUCGUUUGACUGGUGGUGAGCCAACAGUUAGGAAGGAUAUUGAAGAGAUAUGCUUACGGCUAUCUAAAUUGAAAGGACUCAAGACGUUGGCCAUGACUACCAAUGGAAUUGCUCUUGCAAGGAAACUUCCAAGGCUGAAAGAAUGUGGGCUUACUUCUAUAAAUAUCAGCUUGGAUACAUUGGUCCCAGCUAAAUUUGAAUUCAUGACCAGGCGUAAGGGGCAUGAAAAGGUCAUGGAGUCGAUUAAUGCUGCUAUAGACCGUGGGUACAACCCUGUAAAAGUGAAUUGUGUUGUAAUGCGUGGGUUCAAUGAUGAUGAGAUCUGUGAUUUUAUAGAGUUGACGCGUGACAAACCAAUUAAUAUUCGGUUCAUUGAGUUCAUGCCUUUUGAUGGAAAUGUCUGGAAUGUCAAGAAACUGGUUCCCUACUCAGAAAUGUUGGAUAUAGUGGGAAAGAAGUUUACAGAACUAAAGAGACUUCAGGAUCACCUAACAGAUACAGCUAAGAACUUCAAGAUAGAUGGGCAUCUUGGUACUGUUUCUUUCAUCACAUCAAUGACUGAGCAUUUUUGUGCUGGUUGCAAUAGAUUGCGACUUUUAGCCGAUGGAAACUUUAAAGUAUGCCUCUUUGGUCCUUCAGAGGUUAGCUUAAGAGAUCCCCUUCGACGUGGUGCUGAUGAACUUGAGCUUAAGGAAAUAAUUGGAGCAGCGGUCAAGAGGAAGAAAGCUUCACAUGCUGGAAUGUUUGACAUUGCAAAAACAGCAAAUAGACCUAUGAUACAUAUUGGUGGCUAAGACCUGGUACACCCCCAGACACCUCUGUAACUGUAUUAUAUGUUUGGAAUUUGAAGAUCUGCUUCAGUGUGUUCUCUUUUACUAAUUUAUUCUUUUGUUAGAUAUUCUUUACGUUAUCAAUUUGACACUUUUUUCUACGCUACCCCUUUCUCAAAGAAUAACCCUCGUGUCAUUUGGCUAAUUGUAAUUUUAUGGUGUUGUAUGUUUGAUUCUUAACCCAGAAGAGUCUAUGAAAUAUGUAAUUUGGCUUGACAAA